AUGGCCUCUUACUUGCAGCAUGAACGAAUGGGCAACUACAGCCUUUAUCCUGUUGACAAGUCUGCCGCUGGCCCAUCUGAAAGCGUAAAGAGGUACUCCAGGCACCUCUAUGACCAGAAUUCAACUCACCUCCUCACUCAGCGCAACCUCAGUUCCACCGCCAUCGAGGCCAAGGAACAACAGGAUGACGACGUCUGCGCGGCCCUUGGACCUUUCGUUGAGAUGAAGAUGGAGCAGUUGACGGCAUAUGACGAAGACUGUAGAGCUUUGCUGUAA